GUGUUGUGAGCAAACGUGUUAGCAUGACUUUUAUAAUUGGCCAAAAUUACGAUCCUAAAUCACGUCUCAUAUCGUAAUAUGCGACUAUAUAGAAAAAACAGAACACGUAUCUGAUAAAACUAAAGUCAUUGUGAAUAAUCACAAUUCGGCUAUAUAUAACCUGUUUUAUUGAUAAUGCAGCUCAGUUGCACAGAGUCCGGGACGGAGCAGCCAUGAUGUAUACGUACGUGGCGCUGGUGGCUACCGCCUGCUACCUGUUCUACCUCUAUGUGACGAGGAACUUCAGCUAUUGGAAGCAGCGCCAUGUUAACGGACCGCGUCCAGUUGCACUGUUCGGCAACCUGCAGGCCGCCGCGCUGCGGAGACAGAACAUCGCAGUCGUCUUCCGUGACAUCUACAGGCAGUUCCCCAACGAAAAAAUAGUCGGCAUGUACCGGAUGACGACGCCCUGUCUGCUCGUGCGGGACCUCGAUAUCGCAAAGGCCAUCCUCAUCAAGGACUUUGACUGCUUCUCGGACCGCGGCGUAUCCUUCAGCGAGCGCGGCCUCAGCAACAACCUGUUCCACGCAGACACCGACAUAUGGCGUGUUCUGCGCAACCGCUUCACACCCAUCUUUACCUCUACCAAGCUCAAGAACAUGGUGUACCUGAUGGAGCAGAGUGGGGACAGAUUCGUGGAGUACGUUCGGCAGCUGUGCGCCGAGGGGCAGGAACCGCAGUUGCACCGGCUUAUCCAGCGCUACACGGUAGCCACCAUCUCCGCUUGCGCGUUCGGUCUCGACUUCGAUACUAUCGCCGACAAGAUGCACGUGCUGCAGAAGCUCGACAACGUUAUUUUCUCGCCAUCAUUCAUCGACGAAGUGGACAUGAUGUACCCGGGGAUCCUAAGGAAGCUCAACAUAGAUAUUUUCCCGAAGGAUUUAUCAAAGUUUUUCGACACGCUAGUGACGACGGUGGUGAAUCAGAGGAAGGGCAAGCCAACCAACAGGAGAGACUUCAUGGACCUCAUCCUGGAGCUACGACAACAGAGCGAAAUCCAGGGCCCCAAGCGCUCGGUGGAGGAACAGCAGCGCACUCUGGAGCUGACGGACGAUAUUAUCGCCGCUCAGGCAUUCGUGUUCUAUGCAGGCGGGUAUGAGACCAGCGCUAGUACUAUGUCCUUCAUGAUGUAUGAGCUGGCGCGCAACCCCGACAUGCAGGAGAGAGUCAUACAGGAAGUAGACGAGGUAUUGAGGAAGCACGACGGCAAGGUAACCUUCGAGGCGCUCAACGAGCUCAAGUAUAUGGAGCAGGUAUUCGACGAAACACUCCGCCUGUACCCCAUCGUGGACCCGCUGCAGCGGCGCGCGCAGCAGGACUAUCGGAUCCCCGGCACCGAGUUGACCGUGAAGAAGGGCCAGAUGGUGUUCAUAUCAGCGGGCGGCAUACACCGCGACGAGCGAUACUACCCCGACCCGGAGAGGUUCGACCCGGACAGAUUUUCGCCAGAGAACUCGAGCAACAGACAUCCCUGUGCCUACCUGCCAUUCGGAGCCGGGCCCAGGAAUUGUAUCGGCAUGCGAUUUGCUAGAGUUCAAUCAAAAACAUGUUUGGCAAAGUUCUUCUCUGCGUUCCGAGUGUCCGGGGCGCCUGAAACGUUGCGUGAAGUACGGUUCGUGCCCAGAAGGUUCAUCCUGGCAUCCGAGGCGUUCAAGCUUACCAUUACACCGAGGAAAUUAUAAAUAUCUUGUUGCUGUUUAAAUUUCUAAAUGUCACUGAAAAAUUAUGUACAAAUAUUGUGAUAUCUCUAAGGAAAUUAACGAUACACAAAUGAUAACGUCCAUUUUAGUAAAAUAAAACUGUUGUGAAUUUUUUGCACUCGGACAAAUAUUAACACAGUCUGAUGAAAAUUAUUAAUGACCUCACUACAUCCGUACAUAGAUAUUAUUUU